AUGACGGCGGAGAUGGCUUACGGUGAUGGUUGCAAUGGUGAUUGUAGUUGCCGACCGGAGACGACAUUGGUGCCGGCAGGAGAGCACAUUAGCCAAGACAUUGGUGCCGGCAGGAACCAGGUGCUCAUGGUUGCUGGAAGCUGGGGAGGUGGUUGUCGGAUGCUGCUGAGGCUUUCGGAGGAAAACGCGGCGUUCCUGACAGAUACAUUUAAGAACGAGGAGAUUAAGAGAGUUGUGUUCGAGUGUGGGGCUGACAAAGCUCCUAGGCCAGACGACAAAAGGUGCAUCUCUUCUUUUAUAACCCUUGUCCCUAAAAGCAAGGACCCGGUGGGGAUGAGAGAUUAUCGUCCGAUUAACCUUAUUGGUGUGAUUAGUAAAACUGUUUCUAUGGUUCUCGCUAAUCGUCUCAAAAAGGUCAUAGGUUCGGUCAUUUCGAAAAACCAAACGGCGUUUCUUAAAGGCAGUUGUUCUAAAGGGAUCAGACAGGGUGACUCGUUAUCUCCAUUUUUGUUCGUUUUUGUUAUGGAAGCCCUGUCCAGCAUUUUCUGCAAAGCAGGGCUUGAGGGUAUUUUCAAAGGCAUUCAAACGCCGAAUAACGGACUGGUUAUUUCUCAUCCCUUUUAUGCGGACAAUGCUCUUAUUUUGGGGGACUGGGAUAGGGGGAAUGUUAAGAAUGUGGCUAGAUGUCUUAGAAUUUUUUACUUAUGCUCGGGUCUUAAAAUAAACCUUCAUAAAUCUUACUUAAAUGGGUUGGGGGUGGUUAGUGAAGACAUAAAAGAUAUGGUCAAUGUGAUUGGGUGUAAUACUGAUAGCAUCCCGUUAUCUUAUUUGGGUAUAAAGGUGGGGGCCAAUAUGAACAGAAUAAGAAAUUGGGAUCCGAUUAUGGAUAUUUUUGAUAAAAGACUAUCGGUUUGGAAAGCUAAAACUAUGUCUAUAGGAGGGAGACUUACUCUAAUUAACUCUGUUUUGGAGAGUCUGCCUAUUUGUUACUUUUCUUUAUAUAAAGCUCCAGCUGGUGUUAUUAGGGUCUUGAAGCUAAGAUGA